GCUGAAGCAGCCUGGAGGGCAGCACCUGGGAGGCUUCUCAUCCAAACAUGUCGACCAUGCAGCAGCGGAAGGCUGAGAUUCUUGCCAAGAAGGCGAAACUUGCCGAGCUUAAGAGGCAGCGGGAGUUGCGCCAGAAGGAGUUCUCCCAGAACCGCGCGAGCGUUGGUGGUGAUGCUUCAGAGGUUGUUUCGCCCGUUCCAAGCCGGUCAGAUAGCAGGGCAGAGCUCGAUGAUCUGAUUUCACGUCUGGUGGACCGACCGGGUUCGGCCUCGUUCAGCCAGGGCGCCGAAGGGACAUCACGGAGAGGAAGUCGACCGAACUCGGUGCUGAGCGCCAGCCAACUAAGCGGCGACAACCCAGAGGUAUUGUCGCCGACUGCGCGACCACUGUUACAAUCAAUUGCGGUGCAGACCCUUUCAUCCGGACCUCUCCAAGUCGCUGCUGAGGCCGUACCUCCGGCCCCUGAACCGAAAGUUGAGGUCCUCACAUACAGCAAAGCCGUGCAGACAGAGGAGCGGCGAAGACCACAUCGCGCAGAGUCUGAGGCAGGGUCUAUUGACUCGGAAAAUGAAGACCUCGAGGAAACCUCAAGGGCUAACAAACGGCUGAGUCGCCGGGAGCGUGAACGCGACGAAGAAAUCCGACGGAAACUUCGCAAAGAGAUCGAGGAAGAACUACAAGCCACCAAGGACCUCACACAAGAUGGCCCGGUCGGCCAAUCCAGUCAAGUUCGCUAUCCUCUACGUACCCUCAAUGAAGACGAGCUGCAGGCUGUCACCUCUUCGGAUGAAUUCUUGGACUUUGUGGACCGAUCAACCAAAGUGAUCGAGCGGGCUUUGGAUGAAGAGUACGACGUCCUGGCAGAUUACGAGCUGGGUGGUGUAGAUGGUGACUUGGAGGAAGACGAUGAGUACGGCAAGAAGAAGAGGGGGAUCAAAGAAGUCUGUCAGUUUUGGGAUGAGCGCUGGAGCAAGAAGCGCAUGAUCAGCGAUUUGAGCUUCUCUCCAAAAUUCCCCGAGCUUGUUCUAGCUUCAUAUACCAAAAACCCCUCUGCCCCCCAUGAACCAGACGGUCUUGUUCAGGUCUGGAACCAACAUCUGCACUCCCGCCCGGAAUACGUGUUUCAUUCAACCUCCGAUAUUCUCACCGCAAAAUUCUCACCCUUCCAUCCAAAUCUCAUUGUUGGUGGCUCGUACUCGGGUCAAGUGCUCCUAUGGGACACGCGAUCUUCACGAGCAGGCGGUGGUGCGCCGGUUCAGAAGACACCGCUGACCGGCUCUGGACAUACCCAUCCGGUGUACAGUGUUUCAAUUAUCGGCACUCAGAAUGCCCAUAACAUCAUGACGGCGUCCACGGAUGGCGUCGUUUGUGGAUGGACUGUAGAUAUGCUGUCCCAGCCUCAGGAGUACCUCGAAUUGACCACUCCUCCGCCCUCCAAGACCGAAGACCUGGCACCCACGACCAUGUCCUUCCCACAGUCAGACCCGACGUUCUUCAUCGUUGGAACGGAAGAAGGCGGCAUCUAUCCAUGCCAUCGAUACGAUCGAGCAGGCUCGAAAGCCGGCACCGAUCAUCGGCUGGCAUACCGGGGCCACGCUGCGCCCGUGAUGUCCACCGCCUUCCACCCGGCGCGCGGCCCAGUCGAUCUAGGUGACCUGAUGCUGAGUUCCAGUCUAGACUGGAGCGUGCGGCUGUGGCGUGUGCGCCCGCCCGCCACCACGACGUCAGCGACCUCCGUCACGGCGGCCGCGCAGGUAGUCACUCCGAUCCUCGACAUCAAUCGGGAAGACGUCGUAUAUGAUGCCCGUUGGUCACCGCACCGGCCAGGUGUGUUCGCGCUCGUCGAUGGCGCAGGUCACCUGGAAGUUUGGGAUCUGCACACCGACACCGAGGUCCCUGUCGUACGGUCCUCACCCUCGAAGGGCCGCAGCGGAAUCCUGACCCGCAGUCUCAACAAAGUAGCCUGGGAGGAGCGCGAGGGCCGUCGUCUGGCAACCGGCGGGCUGGAUGGUGUCGUCACCGUCUUCGAAGUCGGCAAGGGCCUGGGCGGCACGCCAGAGGACGUGCCCGCCGAGGAGUGGGCGGGAAUGAAACGGCUCAUCACCCGGCUAGAGCAAAAGGAUCGUAUGGCUUGAUCAGGAUCAAGAGAAGUUCCUUUGAAAAUCUGUCCCUCUCUCUCUCUCUCUCUGCCAAUGGUCAUGACGACUCGCCGCUUUGUUUCCUUCCUGCUAUGUCUCCGACCUGGGAGCUGUAA